AUGGGGCCUUAUCAACCGGAACUGAAAGUAUUUCUUCAAACUAAGUUUGGGGAUAAGAUACGUCAAUUUAAUCAUGAUUGGUACAAGCCUCCAUAUUCUGAUUGGUUGGAAUAUAGCAUAAAAAAUGCUGCUGCAUUUUGUUUGUGUUGUUAUUUGUUCAAGAAUGAAUUUGAAAGUUGUGGUAAUGCGGGGAGAGCAUUUGCCGACGAUGAUUUUAGGAGUUGGAACGAUGGUCCAGCGAGACUAAAAUCACAUGUUGGUGAAGUAAAUAGUACUCAUAAUAAAUGUUUCAAUAGGAUGCUAGAUUUGAAAAAUCAACGUCAAUCGAUUCGAGCUUCUUUUUCCAAUCUCAAUGAGAAAGACAAGAGUGAUUAUCAAAUUUACUUAAAUGCCUCGAUUAAUUUGGUAAGGUUUCUCCUAAGAAAUGGAUUAUCAUUUCGUGGUCAUGAUGAGAGUGAAGAUUCCGAAUACAAAGGUCUUUUUCUUGAACUUUUGGAAUUUCAUGGAAAUAACCACCCGGAUGUGGAAAAGGAUAUCGUGGAAUUUUGUGCUAAAGAAACAAUUAAAGUUAUCAUCAAAGACUUGGAUGGUGAUUAUUUUGGUAUAUUAGUUGAUGACAUCUCACAUACAGAGCAAAUGGCCCUAGUCUUGCGAUACGUUGACAAGAGUGGAGAGUUGAUAGAGCGCUUUUUGGGCAUUGUCCAUAUGAGUGAUUCAUCUGCAAGAUCAUUACAGAAAGAAAUUUAUUCUUUACUUGAGGAUCACUCACUAUGUUUAUCGAAAUUACGUGGACAAGUUUAUGAUGAAGCUAGUAAUAUGCAAGGAGAAAAAAAUGGCCUAAAGUCUUCAAUUUUGCAAGAUGCUCCAUCUGCAUAUUGUAUUCACUGUUUUGGUCACCAGCUGCAAUUGGCACUUGUCGCUCUGUCUAGAAUACACUCGGAUGUGAAAAAUUUCUUUUAUGUUGUCACUAAUGUAUUGAAUACUAUUGGAACAUCUUUUACGCGCAGGGAAUUAUUUCGACAACACCAAGUGGAGAAGUUGGAAGAAUUACUUAAAGCCGGAGAAAUUUUUACUGGGCGAGGAUUGAAUCAAGAACGUGGUCUUCAAUGA